AUGCAGAUCCAAGAUCACGAACUCACAUAUAUCGAGUUGCUUAAGUAUGGAGUGCAACAAGAAAUCCAAGCAGGUUGUAGUUAUUCAUAUAAAACUAGGAAAGAAAGAAAUCAAAUCCAAUUUAAUUGUAAGUUGCCGAAUUGUCCAUGUCGCUUCCUUGUUGAUACACUUCCCGAUGACAAGUACCACAUACGAAAAUGUAUUAACACCCACAAUCAUUCUGCCCCUUUUCCAAACAAAUCACAACAAAUUACAUCAUAUUUUUAUAGAUCUUAUUUAACAAGAUAUUUUGAAUCAAAUCAAGACCGUGUUUACGCACAAUUAAGGUGUUUCAAAGAUCUUAAUAUCCCAUUUGAUAGUGGGAUCAUUCAGGAAAUGUUUCAACAAUCUACAGAUGCUUUAAAAAAGUUUUCUAAACGCCUUCAUGCAAUCAAUACCCGUUUCUCAGCGGAUGAUGUUACAUCUCUUGCAAUUUUUGUCGACAUGGUUAAGAGUCAUUCUCCGGAUGAUCUCAUCGAGUUUAUUCACGAGCCAGAUCGUAUGAUUUUCUAUUACGCCCCAUUCGAAGCAAAUGCUUUUUCACAUCAAAUACAAACUUAUCACAUUGAUUCCACUUAUAAGCUCUUGCGCUCUCGCAUACCAUUUUAUGCCGUCACUGGCAAAUUCGCGGAAUCAAUUGUUUUUCCGUUUUUGUAUUUUUUCGUUUGGCCCGACACAAGUGAAAAUAUACAAGUUUGUCUCACAGCAUAUUUUGGCUCCAUCAAUCGUGAACCAUCUUAUUUUUCAAUGGACUGCGCACCUCAAAUCACAAAUGCUGUUGAAACAGCCAUCCCCUUAUGCCAGAUCAUUUGGUGUGGCGUUCAUGUGUUGCGCGCUGUCAUGAGAAAGGCUGAAAAGUUUCAAGAUCGUUCCAACUUCGAAACUUUCUAUAACUUAAUGAAGUUAUUGGUCUUUGGUUCUGAAGAGGAAGAAAUUGAUCCUGAUGAAGUUUACAACAAUUUAGAAGAAAUUUUAAAUGAGGAACCUGCUGCCCGUGAAUACUUUGACCGACAGUGGCGCCAUCAUCUUGACAGGUGGAUGCUUCGCUAUAGAAAUGAAGGAGAUGGAACAAACAACAUCUCGGAAUCACAUUUCAAGGUUUUGAAGCACCAGUACUUCCCAGAAAGGCGAAAUCUUCGACUCGAUGAACUUGUCAUCGAGUUAUAUUCCAGUGUUGUUCCUUCAUUCCUGAUUAAGUUGCAAAUUAAAGGUCUGGAUUCAGAGAGAAGUGUUAAAGUUAUCAAAAAAGUCACAAGAGAUUUCGAAGAAAUGACACAAUUUAAAAAAGUCGAAUGCAUCAGUAUGCUUGAAGCUGUUCAGAAAGGUCUGAAAAAUGAUACACUUGAUCCCAACAUUGUUUACUCAACAUUAAAAAUAUUAUUGCAAAGAAAACAUUUGAUUUAA